AUGACUGUAUCAGGAGUGGAGUAUGACCUGCUGCCCCUGGUGGUUGCCAGGCCUUGGCUCGCCAUGGCUUUCAAAGCCCUGCCUGAACAGACACCUCCAAAGGCUGUCGGGGAACUCCGAACGCCGGGCUCUGAGCUCCCUCGAGGCGGCUCCCAAGGUGAGCAACCCGGUGCGGGCAAGAGCAGGGCUUCGGAGGCGCAUGGCGAAGGAGCCCGAGACUGGGCAGGCGAGGAGGUGGCGGCCGUGGGGAACGUGGAGGAGAAAUCCAACAAGCUGCUGCUGGCUUUGGUGAUGCUCUUCCUAUUUGCGAUGAGCGUCCUCCAAUACGUGUGCCCCAGCAAAGAAUGCCAACUCCUCCGUCUGCAGGCAUUCAGCUCCCCGCUGCCGGACCCAUACCGCUUGGAGGAUGAGAGCUCUGCCAGGUUCGUGCCCCGUUAUACUUUCAGCAACGGCAACCUUCUGCGCAAGGUAGACUUCGACAUCAAGGGCGAUGACCGGAUCGUGUUCCUGCACAUCCAAAAGACUGGAGGCACCACUUUCGGCCGCCACCCGGUGGGCAACAUCCAGCUGGAGCAGCCGUAUGAGUGCUGCGUGGGUCAGAAGACAUGCACUUGCCACCGACCGGGUAAGUGGGAGACCUGGCUCUUCUCCGGGUUCUCCACGGGCUGGAGCUGCGGACUGCACGCCGACUGGACCGAGCUCACCAGCUGCGUGCCCGCCGUGGUGGACGGCAAGCGCGAUGCCAGGCAGAGACCGCCCAGGUGA